AUGGCUUCAGUUAGGCCUCGUUUGGGCUCCGACGAAGGUAGGGGACGAAGCAGCUGGCGGAUCGAGGCGGCGAAGGGAGGCUACGAAUCCGGCGAGGAAGCGCGAGACCCAGGCGGAGAAGUGAAGCCUUUGACUGCCGAGGAAUUGGAGCAGUACAAGUCCAUUUCGGAGUCCUCCGACUCUGACUCCGACGACGGCCUCGAAGACGAGGAAGAUGACGACGAUGACGAUGAGGAUGAAGAUGACGACGACGAUGUCCAGGAGGUCGCACAGUCCUCCGGUGGCCCUCCGGUUCAGUCAAUAGACGAUGAGGACGACGAAGAAGACGAGGAAGACGCUGAAGGAGGCGAUGACGACGACGACGACGGCGAGGGAGAUGACGACGACGGCGAGGGCGAGGAUGAGGUUACCGGAGCUCUGAGAGCUGGGGCGGUGGAGUACCCCGAGCGACUGGGCCAGCCUGUGUGCCAGUACUAUAUGAGGACGGGGAUGUCCAAAUUUGGCGCCACUUGUAAGUAUCACCAUCCUAAGCAGGGAGGAGGCUCUGCGGCCCAUGUAUCACUAAAUUACUAUGGAUACCCAUUACGACUGGAUGGAGCUAAUGAAAGCAAUGUUGAAGUGAGCAAACGCGAGAAGGCCAGGCUAGUAUACUACUGGGGGCCAAUACACUACUGCGGAUCAGUACACUAAUGCGGAUCAGUACACUACUGGGGGUCAGUAUACUACUGGGGCUAGUAUACUGCUGGGGGUGACAUACUACUAAUCCUCAGUACACUACUGCUUGUAUGCGGAAGCAGCAAAGCCAGAGAUAAAUGAUA